AUGACUUUGAGCACGCUGGCUGGCCUGGUGGCUGCGGAUUCAGACUUCAGCGCGACAGUGGCAAUUGCGGAUCGACGGGCGACGCUUUCGAGGCAUGGAAAGGCGUAUGUGCUAUCCAAGCGGCAGCCCGAUACGAACACUAUGUGCAUGUCCUGCUCAACCAAGAGAGAGCCGGGAAUAGCCGGUCUGCCGAUGCGGGCGUCUCGACAAUCGCCCAUACGCCAGGAGUGCGUACGAUUGAGCAUGACGGACAACGGUGGAUGGAUGGACAAUGUUGCGAUGGACAAUGAUGCGAUGGACAAUGUUGUGAUGGACAGCGAUACCGUCGUCGGCCCGGUCCACGGCCAGCAGCCCGCCUUGUGCGCAACAGCCAGCGUUUCAUCGCCGCGGCCGGCUUUGGCACAUCCGUCGAUGCCCCCGCAGCACAUCCUUCGCAUCCUUCGCAUCCUUCGCGUCCUCCCGCGUUCGUCGUCCCUUGCGCCCGCGCCGGCCUUGCGCGCACAACAUCCAGACCAAGCCGCCCAGCCGCUCCACCGGCCGCAGAGCCUGUCCCUGUGCGGCAUCGCACAAUGGCGCCCCUUGCCAAGGGAGCGAUCCAGCCCUGUUCGAUCGCCUCCGCCUGUUUCUCUGGCCUUCGUCCCGUUUGCCCGGCUGCUUUCGCUCGCCUUCCCCCAUACCCCCCAGUCCAAGUUCCUGAUCCAGCCGCCGCCGCCCAUGUCGAAUUCCACCAACGCACCGCAGGACCUGACCUUGCAGGUCCCUCUGGAGUCGUAUUCACCAUGCGAUCUCACAGCUUCGUUCGAUCCGAACCUGGGCUACUCUCCCUUCUGUCCGUCCGGUCAGGCCUGCUUUCUGGACCUUUCCGGGCUCUUCUGUCUGCCAACCCACUUUGCCGGCUGCAUCCUCACCAACGAUGUCCGGCUCGCCCAAGGGCCGUAUCUCGCUCCCGACGUAAACUCCCAAGCCGGGUCCAGCGGCUCCCAAGCGUUCGUCGUCAUCCAAGGCCCCAAUGGCUUUCUCGGCGCCGGCGCCUCGUGCUCGCUCUGCCCGGUGCCCUCAAACUCGAGCUUGCAGUCCCAGAUCGAGGGCAUCUCCAAUGUCGACAUGAUCGAGCUCGCCGCCUACUCCAACUGCAACGGCUCCCAGUUCUAUUCGUCACCCAUCCCGGACAACACCUCGGUCGAGAACCCCGGUCCGUACUACUGCGAUUCAUCGUCGAGGAUGUGCCUGCCCCUCAGCCCCGAGGGCAGUUCCUGUGCAUACAACCUCCAGUGCCAGUAUCCAGGCUUGUCUGCUUGCAGCCUCCACGCCAACGCCCAUAACAUCUGCGGCCCCUACACCGACUCUUCAACGGACGGACAGCCUGCGCUGCCAAGGCUCUCGGGCACGUCUCCGUCCGGCAUGAGCAGCACAGUUCUGAUUGCCAUUAUCACCGGCUCGGCGGUCUUCAUUGUCGCUGGUGCCCUGGGCUGCUUCCUGCUCACUCGCCGGUAUGGUCGUGACAGGAACAUACGGCGGGAAGAAUCGAUCCGGAUGCGCCGCUCUGCUCGGCGGCAGCGAGGGCUCGAUGUGGCUCCAAACAAGCCCCAUCACUUCAUCAACAACGAGUACAUCAUCUCGUCCAAGUCGCCAAAGCUCUCCUCGCCAUCCAACCGGCCUGGUGCUCCCACCACCGCCCGCUCCGCCUCGUUCGCAACGUCCUUUUCCGAAUCAACGUCGUCGCCAAGCGUCAUGUCGCCCGUCAUGUCGGCUUCGUCGCGGUCGCAGUCUGGAGUCAGCUUUGCCGAGGACUCUCGGUCGGUCGAUGGACUUGUGCGAUAG